UUAUUGGAAAGGUCGAAUUAUAGCUUCGCAUUAAAAAACGGUUUUCCUUAUUAAACAUUAUCUGAAGGCGUUAUGGGAUUCUUCUUGAAUUAUCGAUGAAAUCACUUACGACAAAUUUGGAAAUUGUUCCCCGCCAACGCGUCAGCAACCUACAAGUACAAUUUUUUUUAUUGUGUUUUUGCAACGGUGGUAUGUUUGUUAAAGCAGGACGGCAUGUGUUAAAAUAACCGUGCAAAUGUACUAGAAACUUGUGGCUAUUGUAAUGGGGGAAACAGUUGGCAUAAAUUUCGUUUCAUUCAUGCAAACGUGACCAUUUAUCUGUUUUCUGAAGGGAAGGCAGUGAAAACGAAAUUCUAGAAAAUUCUUAAUUAUGUAUGUUAUUGGGAAAAGAAAUGCAAUAUUUCCGUUCUAACUAGAAAACGCGUACCAAACCUUUUGUAAUUAAAAGUUCACGUACACCAUAUAAACAAUUUUCAAUCCAACAAAAAAAAAAUAGUUUCUAUACAUUUCCAACAAAAUGGGCAAGGAUUUCUAUAAAAUUCUUGGCAUCAACAAAAGUGCCAAUGACGAUGAAAUCAAGAAGGCUUAUCGCAAAUUGGCAUUAAAAUACCAUCCGGACAAAAAUAAAACACCACAAGCAGAAGAACGUUUCAAGGAGAUUGCAGAAGCAUAUGAAGUGCUCUCAGAUAAAAAGAAACGUGACAUCUAUGACCAAUACGGCGAAGAAGGCUUGAAAGGUGGAGUGCCCGGCGGUCCAGGAGAACAUGGUGGCGGUAACUACAGCUAUCAAUUCCACGGUGACCCACGCGCUACUUUCGCGCAGUUCUUUGGUUCGUCAGAUCCGUUUGGUAUUUUCUUCAGUUCAAACGACCCCAGCCGUAUGUUUGGAGAUUCACAGAAUAUAUUCAUGUCCGGUGGCAACGAAGAUGAUAUCUACUCGCAGAUGGGUGGUGGUGGUGCCUUCCGUUCACAAUCGUUCAAUGCGCAACCAAAUCGUAAACGACAGAUACAAGAUCCACCAAUUGAACACGAUUUAUAUGUGUCACUAGAGGAGGUCGAUAAAGGUUGUGUAAAGAAAAUGAAAAUUUCACGUAUGUCAAUGGCGACAGGACAGCCGCGCAAGGAGGAGAAAGUGCUAAACAUCACCGUAAAACCCGGUUGGAAAGCUGGCACAAAGAUUACUUUCCAAAAAGAAGGCGAUCAGACGCCCGGAAAAGUGCCCGCUGAUAUCAUUUUCAUAAUACGUGACAAACCGCACCAGCUAUUCAAACGCGAGGGCAGUGAUAUCAAAUACAACGCACACAUUAGUUUGAAAGAUGCGCUGUGUGGCACAAUUGUGAAAGUGCCAACGUUACAAGGUGAUCGGAUAACAUUGAAUUCAGUGGGAGAAGUAAUCAAGCCAAACACAGUGAAACGUAUACCUGGCAAAGGAUUGCCAUUCCCUAAGGAACCAACAAGACGAGGAGAUCUCUUAGUGGCGUUUGAUAUUAAAUUCCCCGACAGCCUGCCGCCUGCAACAAGAGAACUGCUGACAGAUGUAUUACCAAACUAAGGGAAUGUGAAUAUAAGUGGCACUGGCAACAUAAUUGGGCUGUGCUUAGCGCCGAAUAAGUUGUCCUUAGUUGUAAUUUCUAAGUUGGGCGGGUGUCAGGGGGAAUUAUGAAUGAGUUGAAAUUUGUUGUGUACACUUCGUUGUGCAGCACAUGUAAUUGAAACAAAAAAAAAAACUGGAUUUCAUUAUCAGUUUAUACUAUUUAGGUUAUAUUAAAUUAGUUAAAACAAUGUUUAUUAUAUAAUUUCUCCCUGUUAAUUGCUAUUAAAGAUACGCAAGUUAGCAAGCACUAGUAAUAUUUGUAUAUUAGAAUUAUUAAUAAUUAGUUGUAAGAUUAAUUUAAACAAAAGGCAAAACAUUGUAAAGCAGCAAACAAAUAUGAAACAUGUCUUACAAAAUCAACAAAUUGUGUAAGACAGUACAUACAUACUUGGCGCACACACACACACUACCAGCCUACAAAUUUAUAGUGGUCGGCUUUAGUUAAUAGCUGGAAGUGUUGUGACCAAUAUGUUUUGUACCACAAUAAUAAGCAACAGCAUGCUAAUGAAAACAUUGAUAAUUGAGAAAAAAAGAAAUAUACCUGGAGACUGAUGAAGAAAAUAAAUAUUUCGAAAAUUAAACAAAUUUUAAA